AUGCAUGCAAGCAAAAUUCGCCUGGGAACGAUUGAAAUAUUCAGCUGCAAAGGGCUGACGAGGAAGCGGAAUAUUGAAUGGGUGUACCGAGACUAGGAUUGGUUUGGUGUGUGUGGGAGGUGAGGAAGGCAGGGGACCGAGGGAUGGGGCAUAUAUGAUGUGUUGGCGAGCGACCGACUGAUGGGCGACGCAACCAACAUACACCCAUUCCACGGCCAGCACAAGGCCAAACAGUACAGCGGCGGCGACAUCAAAACAAGAAGGGGCGACACACAGGAUAAACAGUCAACGUUCUCUUCACCUUCCCACCUUUGUAUAUUCUGUUUCUGCUUCACUUUACGCUCCCUCCUGUGCGCAUCACUACAUCCCACUGAUAGGGCGCUGGAACACCCAACUCACUCAACUGGGAGAGAAACGAACAUAAACGACUGCUUGCCCUUCAACAGCUUUCCCAACCGCUCCUUUAAUCAUGCGUAUCUCCCUCUUCUCAUACGCUCUCCUUGCCUCGACAGCACUCGCAGUCCCCUGCUGCACCCUGCGCAAGAAGGGCUCUCUACGUCCCUCUCCUCCUGGAGAUGCUUCCCCAGCCUCUUCAUCCUCCGCUUCAUCUGCAUCUGCAUCUCCCGCUUCAUCAGCAUCAGCAUCCCCCGCUCCCUCUCCCGCCAACACGACUUCUACGCCCUCGAGGCAUAGCGGAUUCGCGUAUGGCUCUACCCCGGUCCGAGGGGUCAAUCUUGGCGGUUGGCUGGUGCUCGAACCAUGGAUCACCCCGAGCAUAUUCGACAACACGGGAAACGACGGGAUCGUCGAUGAGUGGACGCUAGGCCAGUACAGCGACUACGACACUGCGCUUAACACUCUGCGGAAUCACUGGAGUUCUUGGAUCACAAAGAGUGAUAUGCAGCAGAUCGCCGCUGCGGGGCUGAACCACGUGCGGAUACCCAUAGGUUUCUGGGCAUUCGACAACUCCGGAACACCGUAUAUCAUGGACCAGCAGUAUUCGUACCUCAAACAAGCAGUCCAAUGGGCAUCAGCAAGCGGCAUCUCCGUCUGGGUAGACCUGCACGGUGUCCCCGGCUCCCAAAACGGGUACGACAAUUCCGGCCAGCGGGGGACGCCGACCUGGCACACCGAGCAGAGCAACGUCCAGCGGAGUCAGGCGAUCAUCCAGACGCUGGCGAACGAGUUCUCCCAGGGACAGUAUGGCGGUGCGGUCACUGCGAUUGAGCUGGUCAACGAACCUGCUGGGUAUUAUAGCGAGGACCUCCUGACGUGCGCGAGGAACUAUUAUGGCAGUACGUACACUACUGUGCGCAAUGCUGGGAACCUUGUGGUAGUGCUGCAUGAUGCGUUCCAGUCUCUGGAUUACUGGAACGGGUUCCUCACCUCUAACACGGGCGCGUCUAACGUGCUGAUGGACACGCAUAUCUACCAAGUGUUCAACACCGACCAGCUGCAAGAAUCCUGGCAAGGGCAUAUCAACGACGCCUGCUCCAACGGCGCGCGCCUCGCUUCCUUCGCCGAGCAAAACCUGUGGACCGUCGUCGGGGAAUGGUCUACCGCCAGCACGGACUGCGCUGUGAACCUGAACGGGCGGGGUGUUGGCGCGCGGUACGACGGCACCUACCCCGGUAGCAGCUAUAUUGGCAACUGUUAUGGACAGACCGGGGACCAGAGCACCUUCUCCGCGGAUUAUAAGACGUUCUUGAGGCAGUUCUGGGAGGCCCAGGUCACGGCUUACGAGCAGGCUCAGGGGUGGAUAUACUGGUGCUGGAAGAACGAACAGGCAGACGACUGGUCAUAUCAGAAAGGAGUGCAAAACGGGUGGAUCCCCUCAAACCCCAAUAAUCGUCAAUACCCGAAUAUAUGCGGCUGAGCUGCAUCUCCCCACUCCUGCCCCUUCCUUCCUUUCCCUUCUGCAGUCCCGUUCGCUUCCAUCUUCCAUCUCAGCAUCGUCACGACCCCUCGCCUUCUGCAAUCACGCAUAAUCACCACGCAACACUCACGCACGUCAUAUUUAAUCGUCUAUGCUAUCCGGGCCCAGUCAUCCCAUUUCCUUCCUUCCUUCUUGUGCAUGUUAGACCUGCGCAUCCGGGUGGUGCUCUCCCGUCCCCUUUUUUCCUUUGUCCUUCUCCCUUUGUCCUUCUCCCUUUCCUCCUCCCAUUUCCCCUCUGUUGGUACCGCUCCGGUGCUAAUCAGGGGUUGU